AUGUCUAAAUAAACUAAAUAAGAGAAAGAAAAGGAUGAGAAAGAUAAAAGAAUAGCAGUUGCCAUAAACUUUAUAAAUACACCAAAUCUACAAAACGUACCUAGAUCUGAGUUAGAAAAAUAUCUUAAGAAAAAAGGUAAAAUCUAUUUAUAAAUUAGGUUUGAGUGAUCCAGAAAUUAUAGAGGCUUUUGAUAAAGCUAAAUAAUAGAAGGAGGAAAUUAAGGCAAAGGAAGAUGAGAAAGAAAAAGAUUUAGUUACUAAAUUAUAAAAGUAUGGGGGAAUUCAAUAGUAAAAUCAGAUAUCAGAAAAAUUUAUAAAUCCUUAAGAAUUAAAAGAAAUUGUAGAAUAAGCAAAAAUAUCAAAUUUAAUAUCAAUAAGAAAUAGAGGAGUCACUACAAUCUAUGAAUAGAUUCUUGGUUUGAAUAAUCUAUAAAUACUAAUUAUUUCGAAUAAUAAAAUUUAAAUAAUACCAUAAAGCAUUAAAAAUUUAAGUAAUUUGAAAGUAUUUCAUGCAUCAUGUUGUAAUUUACAAGAUCACAAUAUAGAGAAUGAAUUUUUUGAAUUAACAUCAUUGUAAGAAUUAAAUAUGGCUAAGAAUUAAUUAUCAAAUAUAGAUAGAUUUACAACUUUAUCUGAAUUAGUGUUAUUGGAUUUAUCUAAUAAUGAAAUUUUUAGAAUUCCAUAGAAUAUUGAUAAGUUAAAUAAGUUAAAAUUAUUGAGUUUAAGAGACAAUCAUUUAACAUAUAUUCCUAUUCAAUUACAAAAAUUAACUGCUUUAAAAAAGUUAUAUUUAGAUCAAAAUGAUCUUGAUGAUCCACAUGAAGUACUUAAAUAAAAUAAUCCUGAGUUAAUAUUUUAAUAAGGAUUAUUUGAAGAAUGA